AUGAGACCCUUAGUGCUGAUGGGACACGAACGUCCAUUGACGCAAGUCAAGUACAACAAAGACGGUGAUUUGAUCUUCACUUGUUCGAAGGACAGCUCGGCGUCUGUGUGGUACUCUGUCAACGGUGAGAGACUCGGGACGCUGGAUGGUCAUGCUGGUACGAUCUGGUCCAUUGACGUGGACCCCUUCACGAAGUACUGUGUCACUGGUUCUGCCGAUUACUCUAUAAAAAUCUGGGAUGUGAGCACCGGUGAGACCGUCUUUACGUACCAGUCGCCCGUUCCUGUCAAGAGCGUCGAGUUUUCCCCCUGUGGGAAGUACUUCCUUGCCGUUUUGGACAAAGUCAUGGGGUACCCUGGGUCGAUCAACAUCUACAAGCUCGAGAGGGACAGUUCUAACCAAUCUGCUACUUUCUCCGAGGAGCCCUUCCACACUAUAGCGACGCCUGACGGGUUGGUAGCUACCACUGUUGCCGGGUGGUCCACUGAGGGUAAAUAUAUUAUUGGUGGCCACAAGGAUGGUAAGAUCAGCAAAUACGAUGUCGAGAACGAUUACUCGGUGGUGGAGGUUUUCGACUUGCACGAGUCGAGUGUCAGUGACUUGCAGUUUUCCUUGGACAGGACGUACUUCAUCACUGCAUCGAGAGACAGCAUGUCAUACAUAGUGGACGUUGACACUUUGAAAGUGCUGAAGUCGUACGAGACGGACUGUCCCUUGAACAGUGCCGCGAUUACACCCAUGAAGCAGUUUGUCGUUCUGGGUGGUGGUCAGGACGCUAGAGAUGUCACGACGACUGGUGCCAGUGAGGGGAAGUUCGAGGCGAGAUUUUACCACAAGAUAUUUGAGGAAGAGAUCGGUAGAGUCAAGGGCCAUUUCGGUCCCUUGAACUGCGUCGCCGUGAACCCGCAGGGUACGUCAUACGUCUCCGGUGGUGAGGACGGUCUUGUCCGUGUCCACCACUUCGAGAAGUCGUACUUUGAUUUCAAAUACGACGUCGAGAAGGCAGCCGAGGCCAAGUCGCACAUGCAAGAACAAGAGUGA